UCUAGCUUUAAGAUACCUCAAACCACAAGAUAUAAAAUAUUUGGAUCGUCAUAUGCUCUUGCUCUGAUCAAAUAAGUGUAUCAUUUUUGGACUAAAAUUACCUAUAAAUGGGUAUAUUUCCUGGGUUUGGUGCCUGGAUCAACCUGAACACGCAACAAGCUCCAAAGGCCGAGUCCAAGAAAUCUAAGAAUGUAAAAUCAAAGCCAGGGUCGGAGAUAAAUACCAAUGCGGAGAGCGAAGAAACGAAGAGGCAAUUAAAGUUGUGGAGAGCUGAAGAGAAGAAAUUCCCAUGGCAGCGAGAUUAUCCUCCUAAGGUGAAGGUGUCCAAAACGAGUAUAGGUGAAACCCAUUUGGAGAUGGCAUUUUCAAUAGGAUUGCCUCCUGAGACAGUCUUCGAUAUUGUAACUAGUCACGACAACCAAACAUAUUCUUACUUCAAACAAAUGAAAAGGCGCAAAAUCCUGGAUGUCAAAUCAAGCAAGGUUCUUAGGGAUAAUGGAAGGGAUGAGAAAGUCGUGGUAGUUAAAAAAUCUGCGCCCUGGAAGUUUCUUUGGUGGGAUGGAAAAAUGCCAAUAGAACUAAUUUUCAAUGAGAACCGAAAAGAUCUCCUCACAUUAUUUAGGAUUCCGAGAGAGGAUGUAAUGAACAUGGAACGGUUACUGGGUCAGUUGCAAAUAAAGCCAUGGUACAUAGAUAGUGAUAAAUAUUGCACGGCUAGGGAACCGAAAAGCGCAGAAGAAUACCGAAAAUGUUCAGGCGGAAAAGGAUUACUUGGGUCGAAACUGAAGCUGGACAUGGUUUAUAUCCCCAUGCAACCUCUUGAUAUGCCGCCGUUUUCUUGGUACAUCCGUCGGGUCACCACCAAAAGCACUAAGAGUUUAAUGGAAGAUCUUCAGAUUCGAGGCGCCGUUCUCCGAAGUAUUUGAGACUUUCACUUCCGGUAUUGGCACGUUAUAUCAUGUUGACAAAAAAAAAUGCAAACACCAAACGGGUCACUUUAUCUAGAUACAAACCUUGGAGUGCUGAUUGUCAAAACCUUUAUUUAAUGAAUAGCAACAGUACAAAAUAAACUCAGUUGUGUACUUUAUAGAAAACCUUAAUCGUUGGUGUCUCCCAUAUAUUUCUAAUAUAAACCUUACUACACAUGAUUUCU